GUAGAUAUUUUGUAGCAGGAAAUAAAACAAAAAAAGUAAUAAAAAGUAAGAUACAGAAAUACAGAAUUCAUUAAAAUAAAUAUAAUAAAAGUGAACUGAUACGUGUAACAAAAGAAAAGGCUCUAUGUGCAUGAAGUAGUUCAAACCAAAGCACAAAGUACACAUUUUACCACGUUUUUAGAACACAGCUGCCACAAAAUGCUGCUCUAAAUGUAAUAUUGACUAUUAGGAACUCUGCCUACUCGUAUUUCUGAGUUCCUCAAAGAACUCUGCUAAAAGCCAAUCGGACACGAGGGGUGGAGAGACAUAAGGCUUAUAGUUUGGUACUAAAGACAGAUCUCUCGUCAAUCUUUUCCUGGUGAUGAGAAAGAUUGCGGCCAAAACAUUAAAACAUUUUCAUUUGGGAAUUUGUUUGUAACUUGUGGUGGAACAGAUCCUAAAGAUCCGUGCGUAUUUACGCACUUGGAGAGAUUGGAGAGGUUUCUCGGGGAUUUGGGCCACGGUAGGUGCAAGUUUUUAACUCCGCAAAUAUGACAGAAGAGAACAAAUCUCCACCUGAUCGUCGACCGGACUCGGUGUCUCUGUCUCCAGCACGAUCUCACACACAGGAGACACUGAAGACGCAGGAGCCCGAGCUCAGUACAGAGGAUCAGCGGUUCCCCGCCUGCAUCCGCGACGCGGUGUCGCAGGUGCUGAAGGGUUAUGACUGGUCUUUGAUUCCGAUGCCCAACCAUGGGGACAGAGGACUGAAGAACAAACCCCACGUGAAGCGGCCAAUGAACGCGUUCAUGGUGUGGGCUCAAGCGGCGCGCAGAAAGCUGGCGGACCAGUACCCCCACCUGCACAACGCCGAGCUCAGCAAGACGCUGGGGAAGCUGUGGAGGCUCCUGUCUGACACGGAAAAGCAUCCGUUCAUGGAGGAGGCGGAAAGGCUGAGGCUGCAGCACAAGAAGGACUAUCCGGACUACAAGUACCAGCCGCGCAGACGCAAGAGCCCCAGAUGGGGUCGAGAGGAACCCAGAGCUGCACUGGUCCAGCAGCAUCAUCAGCAGGGCCUGUACAAGACUGAACGAGGGGCUGCUAAGUUGGGUGGAAUAGGAGACGCAGACUAUUACCACACAGACAGGACAGAUCAGUUCCAUGACCCUCCAACACCCCCCACCACCCCCAAAACUGAUGUCGGAGGCUACGCUCAUGCCCCUCGGCCCGUGGAGGGUAUCCCAGGCCCUGCUCCUCCCCCGACCCGUCAGAACUUUGACUUCAGUAACGUUGACAUUUCAGAACUCGGCACCGACGUCAUCAGCACCAUGGACGGAUUCGACGUCCACGAGUUCGACCAGUACCUGCCUCUAAACGGCCACGGCUCCUGCCUUUUAACCCCGUCGGACGCCGGCCAUCCUCGUAGCAACCCGCCCGGACCCUUCGUCCCACCCAGCAUCCACUCCCACGGCAUUCCUCCGUGGACCAACAAAUCCACAGGCGGAUCAACUCUAUCGCCCUUAUUUGUUCCCGGUGGCGACAGCCAUGAGGACGCCAGCCACAAACCUCUGAUUAAAACCGAGCGGAUGAGUCCAAGUCACUGCGACGGCCCCCCGUCCUCCACUCCCCCGCCUCCACAACUCGAGUACGCCUGCCUCAGCUCAGGCACCUGCCCCCCCUCCCCCUCGAGAUCCUCCGCCAGCCAAUCUGACUACUCAGAUCUGCAGAGCUCGGCUUUCUACGGCUCCUUCUCUGGGUACCCGGCCAGCCGUUAUCAGUACCAAUACCUCCACUCCUCCAGAAGGCCUUACGGGUCGCCGCUUAUCAGCAGCCUGGCCUUGGCACCACCUCCGCACAGUCCUCCUCCUGCCUGGGAGCAGCCGCUCUACACAACCCUCACCAGACCACAGGAGCAGAAAUGAACCCGAGAAGCCAAGCGCUUCAGUUAUUAACUAUUCGCGCCGAAGCAUUCGAACAACAUGAUUCAGAGUUGUGACAUCUGUGCGUUUGUUCACCGUCGUGGAACAAAUUCCACAUAUUAGCAAGUUUCAGUCUCUUUAUUGCGUCGGAGUUUUUCUUUUAAAUGAGAUUUAAACCCUUAUGGGACCAUAAAACAUUCCGGCAAUGAAAUGCUGGUAUGUGAGUAGCUCAUAUUUAAGGCAGUGUAUUAAGUUUAAUAGCAUUUCUUUCCAAAUCUGGCUGAGUGAAGUAGUUUACCUCAUCCUCACCUUUGCAUUGGUGAAGUCCAAAGUCUACCGAGUUACUUUUUCAAUUAAAUUGUAUAUUUUAUUGUAUUGGGCAGAAUUAUGUGAUGGGUCUGUAUCAGGCUUUAGACAAAUGUUAAGCAAAGGAAGGAGCUGCACUGUAUGACAGAGAACAGGCACUAUAACAAGAAGAAAAAGGGUCAAACAGGGAGCAGACACAUUUAAUUCUGAUAUUAGUAAAGGCAUUGCCUUCUCCUGCACUGACUCAGUGCUGCUUCUUUUCCAGUUCGUUCCCAGUCAGACAGCUGUUCCUAGGUUUCCUGUGGGCUGUCCACUAAUUUCCCAUCUUAAAUCUGGGAGGAUCGUUGGCUGCAGGUUCUGAUGGACAGGACAGCUGGACUGAACCUUCCAGCCAGACAGCUGAAAUAAUUAAACUUCUAAUCAUAACACUCUGACUUAUGGACAAGGGUCUGGCUAAUUUUGCUUUGCUUUUAAAUCUUCUAGUGUUCUUAAAGAGCAAAGUCCACACUCUUUAUUUAUUCUAGACUAUAAUUAAUAAACAGCAUGCAUUUAUUCUAAGAAGGAUCAAACUGACCAUAUUAUCCUCAGGUUGGUUGGUUGUGGACUUCCUGUAGGUUCGUCCUGGCUGAAGCAGAUAAAAGGCUUGAUGUUUCAGGAGGUUAUCGCAACAUUGUGAUUGACAGAAACCGCUUGACAGGAGCAAAAUUCAUUCAACGUGGUUCUUAUAAGAGAGAGCGAUCAACAAAAUCUUAGCUGAUACCUACACAUGCUGGCAACGUCUGUAUGUUUAAUCUGUACAUAAUCAUUAAUGAACAAAUAAGGUAGCUUCAUAGAGCGUUACAGUACAUCAGGUCUCUGGGCUAAGCUCAGUGAAACACCUCCUGUCAGUCUUGAAGCACAGGCCUAACUUUGUGUACAAUACAUUUUGAUCCAUUCAUUUAUUUACAGUUUGCAUUUCUGAAAUGUCUAAAUAUUUCAUAUAUUGAUAAAAUUUGUAAAAUGUUAUGCAAUCUUGGGUUGACGUUGUGCACUUGAUCGUUUCACUCGGAAAAUGUCAGUAACCAUAAGUAAAGUAAUAGGGGAGCUCCCUCUGCUGGAGAA